CUUGAACAUGGUGAGUUGACCUUACACGUGACCAUUCCGAAUCGUGGCACAGAGUGGCCCAAAAAUAGCCCAUGAAGAAGAGCUCAGCCUCCUCAAGCGUUUUUGACUCGUCAGCCCCACGCACGCCCGGCAAAGUCAACGGGAGAUCUCCCACUCCCUCCUGUUGAUCAUGUCUGCCAUCUGCAUUCUUAACUGCACGACCACAUCACCAACAUAAACAAAAGAAGCAAGCUCGCCACCUCAACCAGCCUUCCCUGACACAACCAAAAGAUAGCUUGCUGCAUCUGCAGCUGGAGAUACGAUGCUGGACGAGAACCUGCCCACGUUUUAUAUCAAGCCUUCCUCAGACAAUCCUCUAUCAAGCACGAUCUACCUUAGUCAAAACGGAUCCGAGCUCCGACCCGAAUACACACUACGCCAUCCAGACCCUAACCUACCAGCGUCGAAGAACGUCUACGCAGUAGCACUUUACGACUCCUACAACCCCGAGGUCUUAUAUGCAGAGGUUCUGGUUCAGCCAGAAUGGACGCAGCCUACAUUGUCCGCGGCAGAAGUUAGGCAACAGAAUGGCAUCCCUCCACCCCCAGUCCCCAUCGUUCCCCAAUCUUUCACGAUUCAACUAUACAAUCCUGAUCAACAGGUCGUAGUCAGACAGAUCCCUGGGACAUGGAACAGCUCCGCACAUUGGGAAUUCGAGUUGCCCCAGAACAGCUUCCGAGUACCGUCUGUCUCAGCACUUGACAGAAGUCAAAGUGAUCCCACCGUUUCAGAUGUCACACCGAAGAUCAAUUUCAAAUGGAAGAGAGAUGGCAAACUUUCGAAAGAUAUCACCUGUGUCCUGGCCGGCAAGUCCACCGAUGGCAGGAAGAACAAGGAGCCUGAUAUCACGGUAGCCAUGUUCAAGGGCGGCAAGAAUCUCACAAUAUACGAACCCAACUUGCACCGCGUUGACGUGGAGGAUGUCAAGGGCAUGGAGGUCGUGCUUUUGUUGGGACCAGCCGUCAUCAAGGAUAUAUACUUCAACGCUAGCAGGGAGAUGUUCAAUAUUGGGAACCCGACUCUGACAGCGGCAAAUGCAAGGCGAAAGAAUAGCGGACCCGUCAUCGGGGGAAAGACAAGCUCGUCACCCCCUAUGAUGUCUGGAGCAAAUCAAUUAUCACCAGUCGCAGUGAACAAAAUCCCGGCUUCACAACUACUACCCCAGCAAAACCCUGUUACGAAUGCUAGACCGCCACCAGCAGAUCCUCGAACGCAGUGGGAGCUUGACGCCGAGACCGAGAGACUGAAGAAGAUGGUUGAACGAGAAGAGAGAGAACGCGAGAGAGCGGAACGUGAAGAGCAACGACGCAUCAAGAAGAUGCUGGAUGAUGAAGAGAAAACCCGCAAGAAGCGGGAUGCCGAAGUAGCCAAAGAGACCGAGAGGCUCCGGAAGGAAUAUGGUGUUGUGGCACCCCCUAUGCCACCUCGACCACAGCCUCAGCAGCAAUAUCAACCGCAAACUAGACCGCAGCCACCUCAGCAAUUCUAUUCCGCGCCUGCGAGGCCUUUGAGCACCCCUUCAGGGCCGUAUGGAUUUCAGCCAGGCAUCAGCUGGCCGGGCGGGGCACAAGCUCAAAGGCCGCCUCAAAAUAGCCCGUAUUUACAAACGCCUGGUAAUGGUGCGGCAUCAUCCUCUGGAUUCUUCUCUGGGUUUGGAACCGGGGGUAAAAAGGUGCAGAAAAAGAGAUCAGUGUUCUUUUGAUUUCAUAAUAUCAAUGUAGGUUCUGGCGUUUAAGGGCAUUGCAUAGAGAGGUAUUUGGGAUUAUAGGAGUAUGAGACAUGAAUAUCAUGACAGACCUGCCAAAGAAAUAUAUAAAAACAUAACUCUG